GAUGAACUGGUGGCUGCUGCUUGCUACAUGCACAUAUCUCGUGAAGACACAGCCAAACAAUUCCUCAACCAAGAGAGGCCAUGAUCCUGUUGUGAGAUUGACAAGACACUCGAGCUGUCGUUCCUGCUAGCUGCGAGAACUUAACCCCCUCCCAUCCCUCCAGACAGUCAGAGACGGUGGACCUGGAGCCCCAGGACUGGGAACUGGUGGUGAAGUGUGAGGAGGAGAGUGUCCCUGCGUGAGGGUGUGGGGUGGAGUGAGGAUGGGCUGGAGGUGAGUCUGGAGGGGAAGGAGGAGCCCUGACAAUCAGCACUGAUUGGAGGCUGGGAGAGCCUAUGAUGUUGGAUGAUGUUGACGGCAGAGAGGUUGCAGUCCAGUAUGAAGCUCGACGAGGGAGAAGACUCUUCCUUAGGCACUAUGGCAACAAGUAUGAGGUGGUGGUGUAUGACCCCCAGUCAGCUGAGCUGAGUCGCCACAUCCCAGAGAGAGGCUCUGAAGACCAGGCCCACAUUCUGAGAGCCCCGAUGCCGGGGGUGGUGAAGAAGGUCCAGUGCCAGGAGGGAGACUCCGUGGCCCAGGGGACCCUCAUUGUCACCCUGGAGGCCAUGAAGAUGCAGAACCCUCUCUUUGCUCCCAUGACUGGACGAAUCAAGAAGAUCCAUGUAGCAGAAAAUGAGAGCAUUGGCGAGGACGAGGUCAUUCUAGAGUUCUAUGAAGAUGACAGCAGUGAUGCAGUGGCACAGAGCAGUUCUGCAUAAAGAACAAAAUGCUUUAGUUUUUGGUGCCAUGUGAAAUGUUUGGAUAUACAUUUUUGUCGUGUUUUUUGGACAAAUGACCUU